GCGCAAACGGUGGUGUCCGGAUACCCCAUUUGAACCAAAUUCUGAGGCAUCGUGAUAUGAAGACGGCGUCCACAUCUCCCGCCCGACGGAGCCUCGCCGCAGCCAUCGGCGAUGUCAGUCCCCCUCGAACGAAGAAGGAAGCUGAGUGCCCAGGAGCACCGAAGAAAAAGAAACGAACGAAAGUGCGCACGUUCCCGCGACUGAUCUUGAACGCAGACAACGAGGCAGGAGGAGGCAUCAUAGCCAACCCCGCCGCCGUCCGAUCCUUGGAGGACGAACUGCGCGUCGCGGCACCCCCUGAUGAGGUUGUUCCAUCGAAAGGAAUCGCGGAUAGUCCCGCCCCUUCCGGUCUGAUGGCCUUUGUCGCGAUCUCGAGCACUUCUCCAGUCCGAUCACCAAUCGCUACACGGUCCAAGACGUCGCUUGCGACGCGUUUAUCGACGCCAUCGCAUCUACGCAGCCCGGCCACUCCAAACCUCCGCCGUGUCGCUCACACGAUGACCCACAACGCCCCCAGUCCCGACACGACUCGUCACGUGGUGCCGCGACCGGCGAUCGCCCCACUCCCCAUGGGAGACUUGAACGUAUGCAAAGAUCCUUCCGAGGAAGGUGACAGUUCCAUCAACCCCAUUCCAUCUCGCGCGAUGUACUUUGGCAUCCCUCCACCCUUGUUUCUACACUAAGUCUGUCGCGGGUUGGAGCAUGUAUUCUCCCUUCCUCGCGGCUGUAUUUAUUCCUUGAACAUGAAGUACGUUGUCCAUAA